AUGGGCUGUACGAGCUCGAAGCAUGAUUUAUCAGUGGCUGAUCUCGAAUUUUUAAAAUUACAUACAUCAUACUCGGAAAAAAAAAUAAAAGCUUGGUACAAGGGCUUUAUGAGAGAUUGUCCCAACGGUGAAUUGACACGCGAAUCAUUCAUUCAAAUCUACAAGCAAUUUUUUCCCAAAGGACGCGCAGAAAAUUUCUGUGAACAUGUCUUUCGUGCCUUUGACACUGAUAAAAGCGGAAAAAUUGAUUUUAAAGAAUUCCUACAAGCCAUCAAUAUUACAUCACAAGGAACACCUGAUACAAAGCUAGAAAUGGCUUUCCGAAUGUAUGAUUGUAAUGGUGAUGGUUCAAUAGAUGACAAUGAGAUGAGACGUAUAAUUACUGCUAUUUAUGAGUUGAUUGGCGAUGAAAUCGAUCAGCCAGAGCGUCAAAUCGAAGCUGAAGAACGUGCAAUGAAUAUAUUUACAAUGAUGGAUAAAAACUCCGAUGGUAUAUUAAGUCGAGAAGAAUUUAUUGGUGGCUGUUUAAAUGAUGAACAGCUUUAUCAAUUAUUAACACAAUCGAGCCGACUAGCCGAGGAACGAGAAUCGCAAUCAUCAUUAGAAGAUUAA